AUGGAUGCAACUAUUCCAUACGAAGAUGGAUUUUCUCGUUAUAAACGAACAGAACGACAAGAAAUGAUGAUAGCUGCUCCAUUGGACUUGUCGUUUAAAAAAGCAACUACUAUGAAAGAAUUAGCAGACAAACGUCCGCAAGCAGCACGAACAGGUAAAAUUCCAUUACGAACGCCUACAGAUCGUUUCGUAACGUGUUCGUUAUGGUUAAGCAAUAAUUUAUUGACCUCAAUGGAUGGAUUCGAAAGUUUUGCACAUAAACUUCUCGAUGAACCCGUGUACCUUAGCUGGCUCGAUGUUUCGUUUAAUGAAAUAAAACAAAUCGGAGACGACAUUAUGAAAUUCCCAAAUUUAAAAAUCAUUUACCUGCACGGAAAUAACAUAUCAAAUAUCAACGAUGUCGUGAAAUUGAAAAACUUGCAAAAUCUUAGAUCUUUAACAUUACAUGGGAAUCCCAUUGAAAAUCUUCAAUAUUAUAGAGGAUAUAUUGUUCAUAUUCUUCCACAAUUGUCAGCUCUAGACUUUUCCGCCGUUCUCUCUGCUGAGAAGAAGAGAGCACCACCAGCUGGGUUUUAUAAAGUAAUAUAUGGUACUACAUGA